CGCACACAAAUAAAAGAAAAAACCAAGAAUGACUCGACCGUCAAGAAUUCUCGAGACGGCGGCGACGCCACCGCCACAACCAUCCCAGCAGAUUCUGGCGGCGGAAUCUGACAUGGUAGUGAUCUUGUCGGCUCUUCUCUGCGCUCUCAUAUGCGUAGCUGGCCUUGCCGCCAUCGUACGUUGCGCUUGUCUCCGGCGAUUUACUAGCGGAUCGCAUAACAAAGGCUUGAAGAAGAAAGCUCUUCAGUCUCUUCCUAGAUCCACUUUCACCGCCGCGGAAUCAACCUCCGGAGGUGCCGCUGAAGAGGGCGGAGAUUCAACGGAGUGCGCGAUUUGUCUAACUGAGUUCGCCGACGGCGAAGAAAUCAGAGUGCUUCCUCUCUGUCGCCAUUCAUUCCACGUCGCGUGUAUUGACAAAUGGCUUGUCUCUAGGUCUUCGUGUCCUUCUUGUCGCCGGAUUCUUACGCCGGUGAGAUGUGACCGGUGCGGCCAUUCUUCAACGGCGGGGAGGCAAAGCAAAGAUCAUCAGCAUCACCAACACUCCUUGCAGCCCGCUUCCUCUGUUCCUACGUUUCUUCCUUAACACAAUCUUUUUAUUGUCGGAAUAAUUAAUUUUAAGAGUCUUGUAAAGUAGUUUAAUUAGAAACUAGAGAUCUUAAGGUUUUUUUUCUUCCUGUCAUUUUAGAUGUAAUUCCACUGUGUUUAAAUCAAAUAGAUGGAAUUCAAAGUUUA